AUUACAGCUGCAUACGGACUAUUUCAAUGAGCUGGGUUCUUGCAAGUUAUUCCGCCUUUCUUACGCAACACAAUUGCUCAAACACGAAGUGCUGAAGAGGUACAGAUGGGGAUGUCCAACGGAUAACUUUCGCUUUCUUAUCCCUGCCUUCCUCUCUCUUACACCGCCUGUAAAAACUUGAUAACGCACACUGGACAGCGGUCUCCACAUUAAUGACGGAAUAUGGCCGCACAUAGGAGCCGUUCAAGUGUUUUAUUUCUCGUUAACAAAGGGACUGUUUCCUUUAGGAAAGACUCUUACCAAAGAUGUGUCCCUCUGCACUUUAGGAGAACAGUAUCAAGCACCGGCGUGAAGAACAGAGAGUUACUGCCGCGCUUAAGCUCAACUCUCGCUGGUCGCACAUACACAGAAUUGUACGAGCUGUCAGUGGAGAAUUCAGAGAGAUUUUGGGGAUCAAUCGCUAAAGAGAGGUUAACAUGGAUCAGGCCAUUCGACCAAGUGAAGGACUGUGAUAUUUCUAAAGGAAGAAUCAACUGGUUUCUUGGAGGACAACUGAACGUCUCUGUGAACUGUUUGGAUGUACACGUUGCGAGUCAUCCCGAUAAACUCGCCCUGGUGUGGGAGAGAGAUGAACCUGGCACAGAGGUUAAAGUGACCUACAGGGAUCUGUUGGAGACUACAUGCCGGUUGGCCAACACUCUCAAAAGCCAUGGGAUUCAGAAAGGGGACCAGGUGGCCAUCUACAUGCCCGUGUCGCCCAUUGCUGUGGCUGCCAUGCUGGCCUGUGCUCGCAUUGGUGCGGUGCACACAGUGGUGUUCGCUGGCUUCAGCUCAGAGGCUUUGGCAGGGAGGAUCCAAGAUGCCCAGUGCAAGGCCGUGGUCACGUGCAACCAGGCCGUGAGGGGGGGACGUGUUAUCAACCUGAAGACCACUGUGGAUGCUGCUGUGAAGAGCUGCCCGUCUAUCACACAUGUGUUUGUAGCUCAGAGGACCACUAACACAGUCCACAUGGGGGAACUGGACAUUCCACUAGAAGAGGCUAUGGCCAAGGAGUCAGUCGAGUGUCCUCCAGAGCCGAUGGAGAGUGAAGACAUGCUCUUCAUGCUCUACACCUCAGGGAGCACUGGCAAGCCCAAGGGUAUCGUCCACACACAGGCCGGCUACCUUCUCUAUGCAUCCCUCACUCACCAGUAUGUGUUUGACUACCGACCAGGCGAUGUGUUUGGCUGCGUGGCAGAUAUCGGCUGGGUGACUGGCCACAGCUAUGUUGUGUAUGGACCAUUAUGCAACGGUGCUACCACUGUGCUUUUUGAAAGCACACCUGUGUACCCAGACCCAGGACGAUACUGGGAGACUGUGCAGCGUCUGGGGAUAAAUCAGUUCUAUGGUGCCCCGACAGCCAUCCGCCUGCUACUGAAGUACGAUGAGAGCUGGGUGAAGAAGUAUGACCGCUCCUCGCUGAAAACCCUCGGCUCAGUUGGCGAGCCAAUCAACCAUGAAGCCUGGGACUGGUUUUACAAUGUGGUUGGAGAUGGCCGAUGCCCCCUAGUGGAUACUUGGUGGCAGACGGAGACGGGCGGUGUGUGCAUUUCCCCUCGGCCUUCCGAGGAGGGAGCAGAAAUUCGACCUGCCAUGGCGAUGAGACCUUUCUUUGGAAUAGAGCCAGCCCUCAUGGGAGAGAAGGGACAGAAAAUCAUAGGAAAUGAUGUCACUGGAGCACUUUGUGUCAGUCAGCCAUGGCCUGGAAUGGCCAGAACCAUAUAUGGAGACCAUGACAGAUUUGUGGAUGCAUAUUUCAAGCCAUACCCUGGUCAUUACUUCACUGGUGAUGGAGCUUACCGGUCAGUAGAGGGAUACUAUCAGAUUACAGGACGUAUGGAUGACGUUAUCAAUAUCAGUGGUCAUCGCUUAGGCACAGCAGAAAUAGAGGAUGCCCUGGACGAACACCCAGAAGUACCUGAAACUGCUGUCAUAGGUAUUUCACACGAUAUCAAAGGAGAAGUGCCUUUUGCUUUUGUGGUCCUGAAAGAGACUGCUGGUCUGGACCAGUCAGCUGUUGUUAAACAACUGAAAGACCUAGUGGCCACUAAGAUAGCAAAAUAUGCAGUUCCAGAUCACUUUUUGAUAGUGAAAAGGCUGCCAAAGACCCGGUCGGGUAAAAUUAUGAGACGCAUCCUCAGGAAGAUUGCUAUGGAGGAAACGGAAAAUCUAGGUGAUGUGUCCACCCUGGAUGACCCAUCAGUUGUCAAGGAAAUUAUAGACACUCACAUUCAGUAUAAGAGCCAGCUGUCGAAGAAGAAAUGAAGGAACAUGCAAAGCUUCUUCCCAGAGAAAGAAAUUACUUGCGCACAAUUUUAAUCAUGUGUACCAAGAGUAGCCUAUACCUUUAAGAAAAGUACAAUGUAGGCCUAACGCACACAUUUUCAGUAUAUACAACUGCAGGUUUUAAUUCAUCAUUUUGUCCGAAUACAUCUUCGGGUCAAAACAACCAGUGGAUAUCCAACAGCAUCCAUACCACAAGUUGUGAUACGUUUGUAGCAGCUGUAGUGGGUAUACUGUGGUGCAGUCUAGUUAGCUGUAGUGGGUAUACUGUGAUCCACUCCAAAUGUUAAUACGUAUCCUUGCCUAUUUUUAGUGGGUAUACUGAGAUGGUGAUGCUUUUUAAGUACUGUGUAGUCCUGCAUUUCACGUAGACUACACCACUGCUAGCCUUUAUGUAUUUGGAUUGAACUUUGGUAUUUCAGAGUUAUCCUUAUAAAUCACUAUGCAGUAAUCCACUAACGUGUAACAAUUUUGUAAUGCCUUAAUUUUCGUUUUUCUAUGUAGCCUGCACAUUCCGGGUUAUCUUGACCUCAGUGAAUCUAUAGUAAUGAUGAUAGGCUUACUGUAUACACUUGAAUACAUUUUUUUAUUCCGUGGAUCACCUUUUACUUUAUGAAGUAUACAAUUGUAAAGAAUAUGAGAUUAAUCUAAACCUCUAAAAACCUGCUGUGGACAGUUAUAGGCCUACAAACCUUUUCACUGAAAACAGUAUUAGUUUUUUGUCAGUUUUUGCACAUACUCCCCUUGACACUAUUUCUGUAUGCCUUAUGAUGUUCUGUAUUUAAAUAAAAUGUCUUGGAAUCUUG